AUGGCGGUGCUACAGGAAGCGCUCUGGUGCGAACAAACGGGAUUCCAUGCCCAGAAUGCCACAAGUCAUUCAAAGUAUGGAAAAGUCUUGUUCGGCAUUAUCACAUUCGUAUGCAUGGUCUUCUUCCUUUCGUUUGCCACGUCGUCUCACUGUAUUACAGAUGUCAGAUGCUAUGAAGUUUGCUGUGACCGUAUCUUCAAGCGAGUCAGCUUAUACAUCAACCACAAAUGCGACCUUCCCAAAGCCAUCACGCGUCGAGAAGAUCUCAAAAGACUGUCCGAGGAAAGACUUGAAGAGUCUCUGGCCAUUCCAGAACCUCGUCUAUACAUUUCUAAGCGACGCAAAACACGCAGAUAUUUUGCUCACCAACGUAACCCUGGUCCUUGUCCUCACCCAGUCGGGCUGCCUGAGACGUCUCUUGACGUUGAAAGUAUGAAUAAACCUGCGUCAUCUACCGAUACGUCUAACCUUGCUUCGUCAGUAGACGCCUCGCACUUGGAAUACGGUCUUUCAUCAAAUGUGUCAUUUGAUUUCUGCGCCGGCGCAUCGCUAAACAUGCCCACAGGCCCUACUUUCGCUACACAACCCACUGCUACAUUUCCUACCUAUGGUUCUGGUGCACGAGCACCUCUUAUGUUCAAGGGUACGAUAAGCGGGCCCCAGCAUGACGGCAUGUUUCUUCCAUCUGAGCGAGCUGCAUUCUUCUCAGAAGGCCUAGAAAGAGAACCUGGCGUUGCUAGCGCUCACGGAGGCCCAGAAUGGAUUUCUGGACACGGAAGCUUCUCAGGACUCAAUUUUGGAACGCAAAAUUGA